GCGGCCGGAGCCAUCCAGCGUUCCAGCCAGCCAGCCACAUACCAACAAGCUCGGCAAGCCGCUCAUCGGAAGCGACGAGCCGCGGCGGGAACGGCCGAUCGAUCGAUCUGCUCUGCGUGAGGGAUUCAUGGCGGAUGCCGGGGCGGCGGGGAAGAGGACGACGAGGGUGGGGGACUACGAGCUCGGCAAGACGAUCGGGGAGGGGAGCUUCGCCAAGGUCAAGAUCGCCCGCCACACGCGCACCGGCGAAGCCUUCGCCAUCAAGGUGCUGGACCGCAACCAUGUGCUUCGUCACAAGAUGGUCGAGCAGAUCAAACGGGAGAUUUCCACCAUGAAGCUAAUAAAACAUCCAAAUGUGGUCCAGUUGCACGAGGUCAUGGCUAGCAAAUCAAAGAUAUACAUGGUUCUUGAAUUUGUUGACGGAGGCGAACUUUUUGAUAAGAUUGUCAAUUCUGGGAGGCUAGGAGAAGAUGAAGCAAGAAGAUACUUCCAUCAACUUAUAAAUGCAGUAGAUUAUUGCCACAGUAGAGGAGUGUACCAUAGAGAUCUGAAGCCAGAGAAUCUGCUUCUUGACUCACAUGGGGCUCUUAAAGUUUCAGACUUUGGCCUCAGCGCGUUUGCUCCACAAACAAAAGAGGAUGGGCUUCUGCAUACCGCUUGCGGAACUCCAAAUUACGUUGCACCUGAGGUGCUUGCUGAUAAAGGUUAUGAUGGUAUGGCUGCUGAUGUAUGGUCCUGUGGCAUAAUCUUAUUUGUCCUCAUGGCUGGUUAUUUACCUUUCGAUGACUCCAACUUAAUGACCCUGUACAAACUGAUUUGCAAGGCAAAAUUUUGUUGCCCACAGUGGUUUUCUUCAGGUGCAAAGAAGCUCAUUAAGCGCAUAAUUGAUCCUAAUCCUCAAACUAGAAUAACAAUUGCAGAAAUUUUGGAAGAUGAUUGGUUCAAACAGGACUACAAACCACCACUUUUUGAGCAAGGUGAAGAUGUGAGCCUUCAUGAUGUUGAUGCUGCAUUCGAUGGUUCAGAGGAGAAUCUCGUGGCAGAGAGGAGAGAAAAGCCUGAAUCCAUGAAUGCAUUUGCUCUAAUUUCAAGAUCCCAGGGAUUCAACCUUGGAAAUUUAUUUGAGAAGGGAUCGAUGGGAUCGGCGAAGCGGGAAACAUCCUUCACAUCUCAAUGUACACCACAGGAGAUCGUGUCUAAAAUAGAGGAAGCUUGUGGACCUCUUGGUUUCAAUGUGCGGAAACAGAACUAUAAGAUGAAGUUAAAAGGUGACAAGACUGGAAGAAAAGGCCAUUUAUCUGUAGCAACAGAGGUUUUCGAGGUUGCUCCAUCACUCCACAUGGUUGAGCUUCGUAAAACCGGAGGGGACACGUUGGAGUUUCACAGUUUCUACAAGAACUUUUCAUCAGAAUUGAAAGACAUAGUGUGGAAAUCUGAAUCUGAUACUAAUGCAACCAAGAAAAGGUGAUAACAGAGAAUAUCGUCUUCAUUGUCUUGUGCACAUUGGCUGUGAAUCCUAGUAAAAGAAGCGCUCUCUUUUUUUUCUCUUAGCGCAAUUGUAGACAUGCAUGUUUAAGGCCCUCCCAGAGAUGCACCUUGUAUUAUUGCAGUUGGGAUGCCAAAUAGGUGUCCUAAAUAUGCUUUUGGUGGCUAGUAGGGUUGUGUGCCUUUCAUUUAGUGAUGAAUUAAUAAGUAUCUAAUCAGAUCAAAAUUUGAAACUGGGCGGCUAUGUAAUUUAAGACUAAGCUGUGCUCCUGUUCUUGAGAAAUCUAGCCGUGAAAUGGCAGUGUAACUUUGUUA